AUGGGCCAAAGAACUAAACACAGUUCUCCAAAGAAGACAUACAGAUCGCUCAGUUCAGUUCAGUCCAGUUCAAUUCAGUCACUCAGUCGUGUCCGACUCUGCGACCCCAUGAAUCACAGCAUGCCAGGCCUUCCUGUCCAUCACCAACUCCUGGAGUUUACUCAAAGACAUGAAAAGAUGCCCAACACCACUCAAUAUCAGAGAAAUGCAAAUCAAAACCACAAGGAGGGACAAUCUCAUGCUGGUCACAAUGGUUACUAUCAAAAAGUCUACAAAUACUGGAGAGGAUGUGGAGAAAAGGGAACUCUCUUACACUGUUGUGGGAAUGCAACCUAG